ACCCAGGAGGGCUCUGGGGAAGAACCAGAGGGAAACAAGCCCAGGAGGAGGGGGCUUCCUCUGCUCCUCAUCCACCAUCCUAAUUACCAGCCCAAAUUCCCUUAGAGGGGGAUCCCAGGGAUGCCUGAGCCAGCCCCAAAACACAGGAUGCCACCAGGAAAUGUGAUGGGUGCUGUGACAGAGCCACCCAGCAAUGGGUGAUGGAGAAACAAACCCAGCCACCACCCCAGAGCAAGCAGAGGCCCCAGGGCCAGUGGCAAGGGGAUGGUUUUUGCACAGGAACUCACAAGUGUGAGCAUCAUCCUGUGCUCUUUGCUGGUGGCCGCAACCCAACCCAAAAUAGACUCCCAGCCCAGCACCAGCAGCCUCUCCCACACCUCUCAGCAGCCCUGGGGUGUCACGGUGGCCAAAGUGGCCACCAGGAGGAAUUUCCCCUCACCACUCUCCCCUCACGGAGAGAUCCCAGCGGUUCUUUCCACGGGGAGGGUCCAGAGCUGUCAUGGAAAGCCUGGCAGGGGCUGUUAUAAAUCACACAGGGCUGCAGGCAGGAGGGCAGGCAGCUCCUGGAGGGCUGAGGAGAACCAGAGCUGCUGGUGCCAACAGAACCCCGGGGUGGACAUGAGGAUCUCCUUGGCCCUGCUCAUCCUGCUGCUGGCAGCUGCCUGGACUGGAAGCCAGGGGAUGUCCUUCCGCAGCUCCAGAGCCCAGUGCUGCUCCAAGGAAAUGUUCUCCCGACGGAAAAUCCCCGAGUUCAGGAUCCGGGGCUACCUGGAAACAGCCCCCACCUGCACCCACAGGGCUGUUCUGGUGAAGCUGCUGAAGGGGAUGGUCUGUGUGGACCGGGAGGAGAAAUGGUUCCAGGAAUACCUGAGGAAGCAGAAGAAGCCAAACAGCACCUCCACGUGAAGCUGCCUUCCCCAAAUCUCUAUUUAAUUAUCUACCCCCUAAUUCUCCGUGUGGUUUUGUGUCAUUAAUUUACAGAGCUGGCUCUGUCCCCUCCCCUGCACUCAAUAAACCCUCUUGUAAAUAAA